AUGGAAGCAUUGGUUUAUACAUUCCUUUUAGUCUCGACUUUAGGGAUAAUUUUUUUCGCUAUCUUUUUUCGAGAACCGCCUAAGGUUCCGACUAAAAAAAUGAAAUAA